CCUACACAUAAAGCCAUAACACAAACAAUCACAAACAUUCUUUCUUCCACAAUUAAGUCCAUUUGCAGACAAAUUAAAAAGAGCUGAUUUUUCUCUCUCUUUCUCUUCCUUCUUUUUCCAUCCCAAAAGACAUCAUCUGCUAGCUUUUAUCUUCACCUUUUUAAUUUCAUUUGGAUUCAUGGAUGCUGCUCAAUGGCCACAGCAACAAGUAGGUGGUUUUUCAAGGCCAAUGGAAGAAAUACAAAUACCAAAUAAUAACAACAACAACAAUAACAAUAUCAAUAGUCCUACAAAUAUCAAUAAUUCAAGGGCUACACAAGUGAUAGGAGAUCAAAGAAGAGCAAGGCCUCAAAAAGAUCAAAACUUGAAUUGUCCAAGGUGCAACUCUACCAACACCAAGUUUUGCUACUACAACAAUUAUAGCUUAACUCAACCAAGGUAUUUUUGUAAGACUUGUAGAAGGUAUUGGACUCAAGGUGGAUCUCUAAGAAAUGUUCCUGUGGGUGGAGGUUCAAGGAAGAACAAAAGAUCAUCAUCAUCAUCAUCAUCAUCAUCAAAUCCAUCAUCAACAUCAAUAAUCACAAACCCUAAUAACCCUAAUACUAAUAAGCUAAUCCCUGAUCUAAACCCACCAAUUAGUUCCUUAUCACAUCACCUAAUCACUUCCUCUCAAAACCCUAAAUUCCUUCAAGGCCAAGAUCUUAAUCUUGCUUUCCCUAUGCAAGGUAUAUUUCAACCUACUAAUAACAAUGAAAAUCAUGAGCCCAUUAAUAUAAUGAACUCCAAUAAUAAUACUUCUAGUACUACUAAUAAUACAUGUAGUACAACCACUUGUUCAACUCCAAUUUCAGCUCUUGAGCUUCUUAGAACGGGGAUUGCAUCUAGGGGAAGCUUGAAUCCUUAUGUUCCGAUGCCGAUGCCGGAUUCCAAUACACUGUAUCCAUCAGGGUUCCCUAAUUUGCAAGAAUAUAAGCCUAAUAUGAAUCUAUUCUCAUCGCCUGGUGAUCAUAAUAAUAAUGUGGGAUCAGCUGAUAAUAAUAAUAAUGCUGCUGCUAGGCUUUUGUUUCCUUUUGCUGAUAUGAAUAAGCUUGCUACUUCAACACCAUCAUUAUCAACAACUCCUCAACAUCAUCAACAUCAUCAACAUGAGAUUAGUGAUGAUCAAAGCAAGGGAGGAAAUGAUCAUCAUCAACCACAACAACAACAUCAUAACCAUCAUCAUCAUCAAGCCCCAACAACUGGGUAUUGGAGUGGUAUGUUAGGUGGUGGAACAUGGUAAUAACUUAAUUAGGAGAUCAAAGCAUAUAUUUAUCUUUUAUGUUCUUCUUAAUUACAUGGUUGUUUGGGGUUUUUUUUUUUUUUUUUGAAAAAACUAACAUAUAGUAUAUAGUUGUAUUUUAUCACAUUAUUAUUCAUGUAAUAGUUUUUGGACCUAUUUUUUUAGGGUUUUGGGGUGGUUUUAUUAUUAUUUAAAGGGUUCUUAUUAGUUUAGAGAUAGAAGAAGAGGUGAAUAUAUGACUGUAUAUCUUUUAACUUCUAGAUCCAUACAUGGCUUAUAUUCAUAGCUUCUUCUAUAUAUCUAAAACAUCAAAGAAAACCCUUUAAUUAAUCAGCUGUAUCAUUUUUAUUCUUAAGUAUUACUUGAUCUAUUA